AUGCCACGCCCUCCUCGUCCUCUCACUCUUAACUUUGGACCUGGCCACGGCGGAGGACCCGGAGGACCACCUUUAGACAGGAUAAACCCCCCUCAUAUUCGAGAGCAUUCUCACCCAGGCCCAUCAAAAGGACCACCAGUUUUAGGAGGCCCACCACUUGUAGCACCAAAUUCUCCAAACUCUUCUCACAACAGUGCAACUCCGAUGCCUACACCACCACCUUCCCACGGCCACCGAUCCCAGUCACAGGGAGAAAGUGGCCCACCAGCUUUGUAUGAUCCAUUUGGGUUCAAACCAAGACUCCCACCGCAAGAUAUGCUUUCCCAGAAAUGGGCUUAUCAAGCUCGCCAUUUGAUCCGUGCGCAACAAGCGCUUAUCGCAGCGCAAGGCGAAGUGCUUCGCAUAGAGCAGGAUCUAGUAUGGACAGAGCGUGAAAUGUUUGAAAAGGAACGCCGGAUGGCUGAAGCUGGCGAAUUACCUGAAGAAGACGAUGUCGGCGGCGAGGGCGUUAUGGUUGAGAAGUCUGAGAAGGGAGGCAAGCCUAACAGACAGACACAACCACCCCGCCCUGCCAACGCCAACGUCCCAGGCAGGAAAUACGGCGGUGACAUGUACAUGCCCGGUCAGUUCCCAUCACCAACUGGUAACGGUCCACCUGGCGGCGGUCCCAACGAAAAAAUGAGCAAGUCACUCGUCCCAGUCAGCAGCAAGGAGAACGUCGAAGGCGGGCCCAGCGCCGGUGCCGCUGGUGGCAAGAAUAAGCCCCUCCCGUUAAGAAUUGGGAGCGGCGGCCACGGAGGCAGCAGCGGUGGUCCGCACAUGCGCCACAGCUACCAUCCCGGUAUGCCACCCAUCCGAUCCAAUAGCAUGACCUCUGACUCGUCGCACGAUUCCGAUGCGAAAGCGGUCCAUGCAGCGGAAAGAGAACGUAUGCAGCAUGCUAAGUAUCGUCAAGAAUACGAGAAAAUUUAUGGAUCCAGGAGCAGUUCCCGGGGCCACAAAUUCGAGGAAAUGAGAAAGACCCUUGGCGGUGAUUUUGGAAGCCCAGCUAGCGAAGAUGAGGAAGAAGAAGAUGAAGGGUACGGUGAAAGGUAUGAUCGAUAUUACCCAGGACAGUAUACCGAGGCCUUGAACAGCUCCAAGAAGGAGAAGAGACGACCGGACAUGUUGAACAUGAAGAGCGGCGGCGGCGGCGGCGGCAAUGGAGGUGGAGGUGGAGGUGGAGGCGGCGGUGGGUAUGUCGACAAGUGGGUUCAAGGCUCCGGUGGUGGUGGUGGUGGUGGCGGCGGCGGCGGCGGCGGCAGACAAUCCGGCAACAGAUGGCUGUAG